AUGUGGGGCAACGACUUCUACAAGGCUGGUGCGCACCAGCAGCCCUCGCUCCGACACGAUGGGCUGCCGACCUCUUUUGCCUCUCCUUCGUACACUGCGCAGCCCGCACGCCCACUGCCCGCUGGCGUGCUUUCAGCCGAUCUCGCACGACCGAUUAGUGUGCGGGAGCUGGCGCACUCGCGAGUGCCUGCGGUGCCGCCGCCUCCAGCAGUGCCACCGGCACCACGACGCAACCCUGCCAUGACCGGCUUCGCAGGGUUUGGAAUACCCACGUCGCCCAUUAUUUAUGCUGCCACCAGCGGCGUGUCGACGUUGCCACCGCUCUCCACCCGCGCUGACGCCAGUGACUUGAUGUCACUCGCCCACCGCGACAUUGAUAACCUCAGCGGCGAUGACCUUUACAACUACGCCUCCCACCUGCAGGGCGCAUCGAAGCAGUACAGCAAACACCUAUUGGAGGCGUACACAAGGCGCGACCAGUACCGUGGCGAGGUUGCUCGAUUGAAGGAGGAGCUGCAUAGCAAGUACCUGCAGAUCGAUGUGCUCCGGCGUGAGCAAGAGAGGGCGAGCGAGGCUUUGGUGAAGGUUCGGGAGGACAAUGCUCAACUCCACCAGAAACUCGCCGAGUCUGAGGGACAUGUCCGCAACAUGCAGGCCAAAGUGUCUGUGUUGAGCGGCGCCGAUCCCUCCGCUGCUGUUCAUUUCUACCAGUCUCAGUUGGUUCUCAAAGAUGCGCAGCUGCGCGAACUGCAACAACAAUGCGAGAGGGAAGCUGCAGCGUCGUCGCAGCGACACAGCUCCAGCGCCACUGCAGCUGAGCAUGGCCGGCGAAGCAUCAACGUCUCCGGUGAGGGUGCUGCAGUUCCUCAGAUAUCGCCAUUGCGGGAUCUACCGAGCACGAGGAAGGUGCAUAAUGGGUCUGAAGCGGCGUCUACUGCACUGCACACCGCACUUGAGGAGCUCCAGCACCUCAACACAUCUCUCAGCCGCCGCCUCGAAGAAGAACACGCGGCUCACAAAGCUGCGCUAGCUGUACACGCCGAAGAGAACGCUACCGCCACAGCUGAUCGCGCAGAGCUACUCAACACAAUUUCGCAGCUGCGGCAGCAGUGCACAGAGAUGCAGAGUACGGAAGACGAGCUAGUGGCCGCCCUCACCCAGCGUGCACCGAUCUCGAAGGAAGGCUACGCAGCACUACAAACGUCGUACAAUGACCUCACCGCUGCACUUGCCAAGGCCGAGGACCAGAUAGCCGCGCUCCACGUGAAAGAGCAGCAAUACCAUCAGAGCGCACAGCAGGCGCAGGAGGAGCUUCGCCACUCACUCACUACUGGGCUGGAGGAGCGACAGGAGCUGCAGGCCCGCAAUGAACAGAUGCAGUCCCUUGCCACUGAUCUGCAGAGGGAGUUGGAGCUGGCAGAGCGGGCGAACCAACUGCGUCAAGAGCAGCUUGACGCGGCGGUCAGUGGCAACCAGCAGCUGGCUGAGCACCUUCGUACGACACAGGAGCAGCUACUUGGCGCCACCGCUGAGCUGCAGGAUCUCUGCAACACGCGUGGGAGCCUAGAGUCCCAGCUCCGUGAGCUUCGACAGCGUAUCGAAGAGUUUGAACAGGAGGAUCAGCGCCGGCGGCAGCAGCAUAGAGACGUGGAAGGGGGGGCGACGUUCAGCUACACCCCAGCCGCAUCAGCAGAGAGCGAGACGGUGAAGACACGAGAGGCAUUGGAGGAUGAGCUCGCAACUCUGCGCUCGCAGCGUGACGCACUCGUCGGCGACCGCGACGAAAUUAUCAGCGAGGUGCGUCGCUUGCAAGAAGACCGGCUCGCUCUUCUCAGAUCACCACUGCCGCAAGCGGAGGAGGUGCUGCAGAAACACUUGUCAACUGUGAAAGCGACUCUAGGUACCCAUGCAGAUGAUGAAGAAUUGCCACAGCAAGAGGAUAUUGCUGCACUCGAGGCAGCGCGUCACUGCAUCGAGCAGUUGAAGGAGACCAUAGCUACGCUGCAGUCAGAGCGUGUACGCGUGGAGGCUGAGCUGCAGGCGAAGAUAAAGGUGCUGGAGGCUGAGCUAGCAUCGCAGUCCCGUGCGCUUUCUGAUGCCGAGGACGCGGCGGCGGCGCAGCGGGCGCACCUGGAGGGUAUCGUGGUGGCUUUGAGAGACGAGCUAGUGGCAACACAGGAGCAACAGAUGCAAUUCAUCACGUCCGAGGAGGCCCAACGUGAGCGGUGUGCAGAGCAGCAGCGUGCGGUGGAGCACCUUCAGGCGCAAGUGGCGCAGCUGCAGAUGGCUGGACAGGACUCAGCGAACAGUCUUGCCACAACGUGGCACGCUCAGUCUCCUGUUCCUGCUAAGUCCGACCUCAGCACGAUGAAUGCGGCUCUGGAAUCGCUUGCCCAUCAGCUGGAAGACGCGCAGUACCGGGCUGAGGAGCUGUCGGCAGAGCACGCGCGCACAUUGGAGGAGCUGGCGCGUGCGACCCGCGCUGCUGCGGAGCUGGAGGCGCGUGCUGCGGAAGCGGAGAGCAGGCGCGAGGCUGCGCACGCUGCUGCGGAGGGCACCGAGGUCGAGCUGACGGCGCGCAUUGCGGCGCUGGCGACGGAGAAUGCGCAGCUGAAGGAGAAGCUGUCGGCCUCGCGCGCCGCCGUGACGACGUUUGCGUCGAAGCAGACGGACGGCGAGAGCACUGCUGCGUCGCUGGAGGAGCGGUGUGCGACGGAGGCACGGCGCCGCGAGGCUGCGGAGGCGGAGGCGUUGGUGCUGCGGGAAACGCUGGACCGCACAGGCGCGGAGCUGACGGAGGUGCUGCAGCGCAGCGAGGGCGUGCAGUCGACUCUAACGCGGACGGUGGAUCGCCUGGCCGAGCAGGAGGCACUUGUGGGGGUGUUGGGGGCUGAGAACAUGCGGCUGCAGGAUGAGCUGACUGCUGUACGGGAAUCCAUUCUGCUGCUGACAAGUGAACGUGACGCUCUUGUCGAAGAGACGGCUCAGCUUCAUGGAAAGCUCGCUGCUGCGGAGAGUCGGAUGUCGGAUGCGGCUGCGGCACAGCAGCGCCUGGAGGUGCGCUUAGAGGAAGCAGAGGCCGCGGUGCGCAGUAAGGCGGUGGAGCUGGGCACGGUGUUUGCUGCGCUGGACCAGACUGCUUCCGAGGUGUGCGGCGCCGAGCAGCAGCUGCGGGUGUAUGCGGAGGCGAAGGAGGAGCUGUCGGCAGAGCACGCGCGCACAUUGGAGGAGCUGGCGCGUGCGACCCGCGCUGCUGCGGAGCUGGAGGCGCGUGCUGCGGAAGCGGAGAGCAGGCGCGAGGCUGCGCACGCUGCUGCGGAGGGCACCGAGGUCGAGCUGACGGCGCGCAUUGCGGCGCUGGCGACGGAGAAUGCGCAGCUGAAGGAGAAGCUGUCGGCCUCGCGCGCCGCCGUGACGACGUUUGCGUCGAAGCAGACGGACGGCGAGAGCACUGCUGCGUCGCUGGAGGAGCGGUGUGCGACGGAGGCACGGCGCCGCGAGGCUGCGGAGGCGGAGGCGUUGGUGCUGCGGGAAACGCUGGACCGCACAGGCGCGGAGCUGACGGAGGUGCUGCAGCGCAGCGAGGGCGUGCAGUCGACUCUAACGCGGACGGUGGAUCGCCUGGCCGAGCAGGAGGCACUUGUGGGGGUGUUGGGGGCUGAGAACAUGCGGCUGCAGGAUGAGCUGACUGCUGUACGGGAAUCCAUUCUGCUGCUGACAAGUGAACGUGACGCUCUUGUCGAAGAGACGGCUCAGCUUCAUGGAAAGCUCGCUGCUGCGGAGAGUCGGAUGUCGGAUGCGGCUGCGGCACAGCAGCGCCUGGAGGUGCGCUUAGAGGAAGCAGAGGCCGCGGUGCGCAGUAAGGCGGUGGAGCUGGGCACGGUGUUUGCUGCGCUGGACCAGACUGCUUCCGAGGUGUGCGGCGCCGAGCAGCAGCUGCGGGUGUAUGCGGAGGCGAAGGAGGAGCUGUCGGCAGAGCACGCGCGCACAUUGGAGGAGCUGGCGCGUGCGACCCGCGCUGCUGCGGAGCUGGAGGCGCGUGCUGCGGAAGCGGAGAGCAGGCGCGAGGCUGCGCACGCUGCUGCGGAGGGCACCGAGGUCGAGCUGACGGCGCGCAUUGCGGCGCUGGCGACGGAGAAUGCGCAGCUGAAGGAGAAGCUGUCGGCCUCGCGCGCCGCCGUGACGACGUUUGCGUCGAAGCAGACGGACGGCGAGAGCACUGCUGCGUCGCUGGAGGAGCGGUGUGCGACGGAGGCACGGCGCCGCGAGGCUGCGGAGGCGGAGGCGUUGGUGCUGCGGGAAACGCUGGACCGCACAGGCGCGGAGCUGACGGAGGUGCUGCAGCGCAGCGAGGGCGUGCAGUCGACUCUAACACGGACGGUGGAUCGCCUGGCCGAGCAGGAGGCACUUCUCGAGCAGCUGAAUCGCAACGCUUCGGAGCUCAACGAUGCCCGAGCUGUGCUGACGGGGGAAGUGACGCGUCUGCAGGCUGCAUUGGCAGCUGCCGUUACCGAUAAAUCCGACGUGAUGGCACAGCUUGUGGCCACCCAGAGGGAGCUGGAUCGCGCAGUGGAGCAGCAAGAUGCGCAGUACUGCGAGGAAGUGCGUCUCCAAGACGCGCUGACGACGACCAUGUCUGCCUUUGGCGUUCAAACAAGGCAGGUACAACUGGGCAUGGCACACGUGGUAGACAUGUCGAAGGCGUUCUACAGAGUCGUGGAAGUAGUGGCUAAGGGGGCUGCGUCUGCGACGGUACAAGGCGAGAUUGUGGACAAAGAAGCCGCGGCGCAGUCUUUUGCCAGCGUUGGCGUGGGUUCUUCGGUGAAAGGCGCGUCGCCCACAGCAACAAGUGUACGAGAGAUACUCUUACCUUGGAGUCGAGCACUGGAGUGGGUCGCUUCUAUGGAGGAGCGUCUUGAGUCCUUGGGUACAGGUUCUACUUCAAGCGACACCACCAGCUCAGACAGCCAGUGCGAGCGGCGGCGACGUCGGCGAGGUCGCUCCACAGUGGCAGAUGAGGAGGAGGAGGCAAUAGACGAAGAGGAGACCAGUGGAGCAGAUGCGGUGAGCACGUCUUUUCUGUGUCGUGCGGUGCCUGCAAGUCAUGCGGAGGCAGCCUUUGCGCGGUGGAUUUGGGAGCAGGCCGCCGCAGCAAGUACCAUUGCAGACCUUCGUAGUGCACUCGCGGAUAAGGAGGUGGAGCUGAACAACUUGCGUUCUGCGAUGGACACACUGGCGAACGAUGCGAUGGCUGAGCAAGACCGCGCUGAUAACUUGUCUGCUGCCAUUGGUGACGCGACGGAGAAAAUUGCGUUGGUGCAGGCCGAGUUUGAGGAGCAACUCAGGCAGAGGACGGUGGCAACCACAGCGGAGGUCGUGGAGGCGCGCCGUGCUGAAGAGCGCGCGAGAGCUGCGCAGCUUCGUGCAGAAGAGCACUUGACUGUUGUUGAGAACGAGCUUAAGGAACAACAGGCUGUGUUGCGCAAGCUGCAGGACGAGAACCAUCGACUUACCCGUGAGGCGGACCGUCUACGGCGCUCCUCACGUCACCUUGAGUCUGACUCGCGUGCUCUUAACAAGAUCAGCGACUCCGUGACGCCGCAGCCGUUAUCUUAUGCAGGUGUAUCUGCUGUGACCGAAGUUGAGAGCUUCACAACGGCAGCCUCUGCUGUAGAGGUCGUCGAACAGGCCCAAUUUCUGCAGGUGUUCAGCUUGCAGGAGGACCUCAUGCUCAGUCGCCGGCAGGCACGGGAGCUGGAGGGGCGAGAAGCGACGCUGCGGCAGACCUGUGCGACACUGGAGCAGCAGGUGAGUCAGCUGCGCGUGGAGGCAACGGACGCGGAGAAACUGCGUGAGGAACUGGCUACGCUACGCACUGACUAUGCGGAACUGGAGGAGCGCUACGAUCAACUGGAGCGCAUGACAACAGCCGCGGGGGGAGGCACGAUGCAAGAGCUAAAGCAACUCCGCCAGCAGCUGAAGGCACGGGAGACAGAGCUGGAUGAGCUAAAGGCGCGAGUACGGGGCCUCGUGCUGAGCAAAGUCGCACCAGAGCUUGAGGCGGCGCGUCGGCAGGAGGCGCUGCGAGAGAGUCUCAGCGGUAUUACGACACAGCUGGCUGCCACCCAGGCACAGUACGGAGGCGGUACAGGCGGCAGCAGCAAUGCUGGAAGCCGUCGCGCUAGUCUCGCUUCUGCCCUCAGCAAGCCCGACCACCUUAGUUUGUCUGCGUCGAGUCCGUCGUCGCAAGAUCUACUGACCUCCCGCAUCGAGCACUUGCAAAUCCUCGUACACGACCACCAGGAGGCGUUCGAGAAGGUUCAGGCUGCUCAGCUUGAAUCCCGGGCGACCAUGGACACGCUCGAGGACCAGUUGGCCGCCAAGACAGCCGCCUUGGAGCGUGCUGAAGGUCUUGUUGCCGAAUACGCGGACACUAUCAACGUGCUCACCAUGACUGCCGUGGUAGGACGCGGUAGCGGUGGUGCUCACCUAUCCACGGUUCAACCACUGCGCAACGAGGUGGCCAAUCUGGUUGCAGAGGUGCCAUCGCUGUCUGUGCUGCCGCUGACCCCGCUGACGCCGCGCCCCGAUGUGGCGGCCGAUGGACAGCCACGUGCCGCCGUUGCAGUGGCGUCGCCAACACCGCGUAUGCCAAACCUUGACGAGGUCGCAGCCAACAAUGACGGUAGCGUGACAGACGUGGAGGGGGACUCCGCGGGCUCCUCGGCCGAUACAGCGCUGCCCUCAGCGACUCACCGACGGACCGACGCUGAGGGUAGCCGGAGAAGCGCACGAGGCACUCCUGCCCGCCGCUCAUCAUCAUCUUCGUCGUCUAACAACACUGCGCGCAAGUCUUUUGUAGGCGUCACAAUGAUAGCCAAAGCACGGAAACGAGCUCGCUCCAGCACCACCGCGUAA